AUGAUCGCGGCGGAAGUCGCGGCGAAGAAGGCGAAGCGCGACGCUGCGUCCUCAUCGUCUGCUGCUGCGGCCGCUGCUGUUGAGCCCAAUUCUAUCCCUGCGGAGCGCGCUGCCGCUGCUUAUGUUGCUGCUGAGGCGCCUCAGGAAGCUUCCGCCGCUGCUCCUUCCACCGCCGAGACUGCUGAUGCCCCCCCUACCGAGCCUUCCCCCGCCGCGCCCCCUGCGCGCCCGACGGUGUACAAGCUGCGCCAGGCGCACAGAAUGCUGUUCUCGGAAGCUUCCGCGUACUUGCUGGGGGAGGAGGGGUGUGUGCUGGUGCUGCAGCGAGGCGACCUCACCAAGUGGUUCGUGGACGGGCGCACCGACGCUAUAGUGAAUGCAGCCAACGAGAGAAUGCUGGGAGGAGGGGGAGUGGACGGAGGGCGGCAGGCCCAGCAUUGGGCGGCAGGCCCAGCACUGGUGAGGGAGUGCAAGGCGGUGCCUGAAGUGAGCAGAGGGGUGCGCUGCCCCACAGGGCAGGAGCUGGUGAGCUCCAAGGCGGCAGAGCUGCCAGUGAAGCAUGUGAUUCACACGGUGGGGCCCAUCUACACGUCCGCACAGCGCUCUGCACCGCUGCUGCACUCUGCCUACAUCUGCUCCAUUCAGGAGGCACGCAAGCAAAGCCAUGUCUCCACCUCUCCCUUGCCUGCCGUCUGCCAUCCCCGCGUGAUCCCCCUACCAUCUGACAUGGCCCCCCCAUCCGCCCCCCCCACUUUCUUCUCCUCCCCCGCCCCCACCACUUCACCGCCUUUCCGGCAGUUUCCCGCAAGGCCAUCCGCCCACCCCUGCCACCCACAUUCGCCAACACCCUCACCUGCCAUGCCAUCUGCCAUGGCCCUCGCAUUCCCCCCAACACCUCCCCUCUUGCCCCCCCCCUUCCCCUUCCCCUCCCCUCCCCUUCACAGCCGCUCCAUGGAGGAGGCCCGCAAGGUGCAUGUCAAGUUCAUCGCCUUUCCCGCAGUUUCCUGCGGCAUCUAUGGCUACCCUUUCCCCGACGCUGCUCAGGUGUCACUCAAGGCCCUUCAAGCAACCUGUGCUGGCUUUUCAGAGGUCAGUCUAUCCAUCCGCUUACCACUCACUCUCCCUCUCACCGUCCCUCUCACCGUCCCUCUCACCGUCCCUCUCACCGUCCCUCUCACCGUCCCUCUCACCGUCCCUCUCACCGUGCCUCUCACCGUGCCUCUCACCGUGCCUCUCACCGUGCCUCUCACCGUGCCUCUCACCGUGCCUCUCAAUGUGCAUUUCAUUCUUUUCAACGAGGAGGGCAUGGAUGCAUAUGAAGGAGCAGCAGAAGACUUGCAGCUGCCGCCUCUCGAGAUCGAAACGGACGGCUGA